CUUUUUCUCUCCCACUUUCCCGCCCCACUGCAAAUCUGCUGGCCACUUGUUCUGCAGUCUGCCGUCCUGCUUUUCAUCGAGUUUUCCGCUGAUAUCUACACUGAGGACAUUGGGAAUAUCUCCUAUGCAAAAAGCGAACAAUGAUCCGGACUCGUCUCCGUCCCGUGCUUCCUUCCAUCUCCUCACUGAGGCUCAUUGGCACUGGACCCUCAAGUGUGGUGGCCAGCAAACCUACAGGACAGGCUCCUGCCACUCUGGCCUUCGAGGAUCCCAGUGCCUUCAGGGUUAAGACUUUGUACGAGCUCCUCCGAGCCCUGGCUGUCUUCCGCUUCUGCUCUUUCCCAGUACUGGUCAACAACUGCGGAAAGCUCAUGUCAGUAGCCAGAACUCUGCUGGGAAGGAGGGGGUUUUCAAUGCUGCUGCGUCCCACCGUCUACUCCCAGUUUGUGGCUGGCGAGAAUGAGAUGGAGAUCUCUCAGUCCAUGGAGAAGAUGAGCUCGCUGGGACUGAGACCGAUGCUGGCUGUGCCCAUUGAGGAGGACCUGGGAGAAAGUACUGGGGAGAAAAGAUAUGAAGACAACAUGGAGGCCAUGCUGGAGUGUGUGAGGAUGUCCCACAGCAAUGCCUGGAGCAGAGAGCCCAUGAUGCAGCUAAAGAUCACAGCGCUGCUCAGCCCCGAGCUGUGUGUCAAACUGACCACCCUCAUCGCCAAUGAGCCAUAUGACCUGAAUUUGCUGGUCAGGGCGAUGGACGGAGAGAUGCUGGACUUUCCGGGUUUGACUGAAAGUGAAAACAGACACUUCCACUGCAGCCUGCGAAGACUCAACAAGAUAUCAGAGGCAAGCGUCAACAAGGUGCGCGUCCUGGUGGAUGCAGAAUACACCUACAUGAAUCCAGCCUUGUCCCUGGUAACAAUGGCGAUGAUGAAGAAGUUCAACAAAGAAGGACCCUGGAUUUGGAACACCUACCAGUGCUACUUGAAGGAGUCCAGGUCUCUUCUGCUGCAAGCGCUCCAGUUGUCCAGAAAUGAGGGCUUCUGUCUGGGGGUCAAGUUGGUGCGUGGAGCAUACAUGGACAAAGAGAGGAAACUGGCGAAGGCUGAAGGCCGUCUCGAUCCGAUCCAUAACAGUUGGGAGGAAACAAACGACAGUUACAAUGGCUCGCUGGAAGUGAUGCUGGAUAUUAUUUCCCAAAACCCUGGACGCUACAGCAUGAUCGUCGCCACACACAACGAAGAGUCUGUGAGAAAAGCUGCUGAGCGGAUCAAAGAACUUGGCAUCAACUGUGAGGGAGGCUCCGUGUGCUUUGGCCAGCUGCUGGGAAUGUGUGACCACGUGUCUCUCACUCUGGCUAAAGAGGGUUACGCCGUGUACAAGUCGGUGCCUUAUGGCUCAGUGGAGGACACGGUGCCAUACUUGGUUCGACGGGCUCAGGAGAACCAGACUGUUUUAAAAGGGAUCCGUAAAGAAAGAGAUCUUCUGAGGCAAGAACUGUGGAGGAGAAUUCGCCGUAUCUGACCGGGAACUCUAAGUGGAAGCCGAGUAAUCCAUAAAAUGGGUCAAAGACAUUCAGUGGAGUUGAAUGGCGCCACGUAUUUCUGAUUUACAGUAUAGAUAAUCACGGUUGUUUGAAUUGUUUAUAACCUCUUGAAAUUGAUGUAUUUCAUAUUUGCACAACUGAAUU